AUGCACGAAGAGGCUCAAGCCCGCAACAAUUGUUACCGUCCUGCCAUGCCGGGCUCGCCGCCAGACCAUGGCGAGCGACCAUACGAGGAAGCUCUCGGCAUUGACACCGGGGCCACCCAAGCUCUGCAGCAACUGUUGCUCGAGCAAGAAACGAACUUGCUCGCUUCCUUCCAAGAGCUUCUGAAAGAGCAAGAAGCACGCAUCAACUUGUCGCUCUUGGCUGGGCUUGAUCGGAGGAUGGAUGCGCUGCUGGGUAAAAUGCCCCAUGGAGGCGUAGCUGGCAGGCGAACGCUGUCUGCAGCGAAGCCAACGGACAAACCCGCGCAUCUCCGGGAGGAGGCACCAAGCCAAGGCAAACCGAAGGCAGACGAUGCAGAUCAGAAGAGGGAUGCCUUUGGAGAUCGGCAGAGCCCCUUGAAGCGAUCCUUCACUAGACAAUUUCACGUGGAACUGCCGCAUGCGGGCCAGGACAUGCGAAGAUGGUGGUAUGGAGAAGAGCCUAUUCUGCCGACAGACACGAGGAUGCAGGCAUGGGGGAAGCGAAGCCGGAAAUUUUUGGAGUCCCCGACGUUUGGGAAGGCGCUUGCCGCUUUAAUCUUCCUGAAUUGCUGCAGCUUGGGCUGGCAGGUGGAUUGGGGGGUGCAGAACCACGCUUCACCGGAGCCGGCUCAUUUUGAGGUGCUGGGUAUGAUGUUCACGCUGAUAUUCUUGGCAGAGUUUGGUAUCAGAUGCUUCGCGUACGGUCGGGCAAUGUACAUCUGUCAGAAUCCAGAUGUUGGCUGGAAUACAUUUGAUGGCCUUCUGGUGCUCAGCUCGCUCAUUGAUGAGAUCAUGAGCCGAGCGGCAUCUGGCAUCAACGUCACCGCCCUGCGCGUGCUCAGGCUGGCGCGCCUGCUUCGCAUCCUGAGAGUUUUUCGUGUGGUUCGCUACUUCACCGACCUCCGAGUUAUGGUGAACGGCAUCCUGGUGUCUUCCAAGACUCUGGUGUGGGCGCUCCUGCUUCUGUUUAUGUUAAUGUUUGCUGUUGCAGCCUGCAUCUUGCAGUUGCUGCGACCGUACUUAUCAUCCUUGGACCUUUCCGUGGAGGCCAAGGAGCAGCUGGCCCAACAGCUUCUUUUGCACUUCGGGACCCUGCUCGGCGGGAUCUUCACGCUCUUCUCCUCCAUGUCUGGAGGCGUGGACUGGGCGGACGUGGCGCGGAUGCUCAACGAGGUGAGUUUGCUCCUCGCUCUGCUCUUCGUGGUGUACAUGUGCUUUGCACUCUUCUGCGUCCUCAAUGUCAUGACCGGGGUGUUUGUGGAAAAUGCUAGCCGGAUGACAGCAGCUGACGAGGAGAUGUGCAUGAUGGAAGAGCUCCGAGCUCGAAAGGACUACGUUGACACCGUCAGUCGUCUUUUCUCAGAGUGUGACAUCGACAAGUCCGGCAAUGUGAACUGGGAGGCGUCCAAAGGCUCCAAAGGACGCAGGAAGAAAAAGGAGAAGAGCGGGACCGCGAAUCGGCAACUGAAAGGGAUCGCCCUCCCUUGCUUUCUGACUGCCCCGAAGGCCUCGCGGAGUGCUGCACUGUACAGCGACCCGAAGAUGAAAGCUUUGAAGAAUUUCGUGCACAAGGUGGAGGCUGCGGCGACGGCUGAGGCAGCACCGGAGCAAACGCCACAGGUUUCUCUCAUGGAAGACAGCUUCGGCGAUGAUGAGCCCAGCCAGAUGCAGUCGGAGCUGGAUUCGGGAUCCGACUUGUCACCUGCGUUGCUUGCAAGCCGGCGGGGUUCUGCGAGCAGUACCUGGGGCCGAGCCUACGGUGGAUACAGUCGACGGACGUCGGCGGCUGCAAGUAGCAGGCGGACUUCAGCAGCGGCGGACAGCCGGAGAACCUCAGCUUCGAGCUUCAUGGGCGUGGGCGGCCCCGGCCUUGGCCCCGGCCGGCGCCAGUCCGAAGAGACCGUGAAGUCCGUGAACUCCUUGCCGAGGGCAGCGCUGCAGACGACCUUCGAAUCGAUCUCCGAGCGGCCGAGCAACGAAGGGCGAAGGGCCAGUUUCAGACCGGCCUCGGCCUCCGCUGUGCUGCAAAGCUCACAAGCCCCUGAGCAGCCGGAGCACGUGCUUCGAGGGCGGGUCGACCAGAAGGCGCGCCAGCUUCUGGAGGAAGCACAGAAGCAGCAUCGCCAACAGCUCCAACUGUCGAUGAGCCUAGAUGAGCAGCUCGAGCAGUGGAUGACACGACGGGAUGCCGAGGUCCAGAAGCAGGAGGCAGCUGCCCACCAGGCCCGCCAAUCAUGGAGAACAGAGCGGGAAUCCUUAGAGGCGAGGCGGAAGCAACUCCAUUUUUUCGACAUGAAAAGCGUCAAGGAUCAUUUUCUGAAUCGAGCCGGGCACUCGCUUCAAAAGCUGUUCGUCGAUUUCGACUUGGCCCACAACUCGGGUGGCCAGGCAAGAAGCCACGAGGCCCGAUGCAAGCAUUUGGAUGGUGUGUAUGAUUGGUACGAGAAGCAUGCAUCUCUGAAGAGCCAGGGCCAGGGUCAGGGCCAUCAGAGCGAGGUGAGGAGUGCUUCUACUUCUGCUUCCAGCUGGAUCUUCAUAAAGCAUGGGGAGGCACAGCCCCCAGGCUCCCUCCGACGACCGCGCAGCGCAGCGGCGACUUUCGCGGGCUCCGGAGCCCACGCUCCUCCAGGCCUUCCUCGGGCACUUUCCGCCCCGAGCCUUUCAGGCGAGAGCAAGCGGAUCUGCGGGCGAGAGUUCCAGGCAUGCGCAUCGGACCUUCAUUUCCAGACUUGCUUCAAGAAGCUUGGGAUAGCAAUCGACACAGAAGCCGAACUCAGAAACGUUUUCGACAUGUUGGAUUUUCAGAACAACGGAAGUGUUUCCGUCGAGGAGUUUGCCAUCGGAAUCCAGAUGUUCAGUGGAGGUGCGAAAAGCAUCGACGUGGCCAGGUUGAUGUUCGAAGUGGCCACGGUCAAAAAGUACAUGGCCAAUGUGCAUGAAGCCUUGGUUGGGCCAGUGGAUCCUGAUGACCAUCCGGAGUUUAUCGGUGCCCAGCAAAACAGGCACUCGGAGGCACCUGCAUCUGCAGCAAGCCGGCGUGUCAACGCGAGACCUGCUGUCUGUGAUUUUCUGUGA